GUUUCAUUCAUGUUGUUAAAAAUAGGCAGUUUACGUAUUUUUAAGAUGGGCGCUCAAGGAAAUACUAGCGUCCAUUGUAUCGAAAGUCAGAAAUUGUGACAUGGGGUUUAAAUCUCAAAAGUUUAAUGUUAGCUGCACCGGCUACGUCGGCUCACUACGUCUCCAAAGCAAACGUCGUCAGGCGCUAGCUCACUGGGGUUGCUGUCAUUAACAAGAUGAAUAUUUGGGGAAAAUACAUUCCCAUUCUAAGGGGAUAAUAAUCCACAACGUUUGCGGAAAAUCAACAUAAAAAUGAGCAGAGAGAAAAAGAGAUGGCACAGGAGUCUGGAUGGAUAUGCAGAGAGGAGUGGCCAAAGGUAUUGAUUUCAAGAUUAGGACAAUAGAGCUUGAUGGCAAGAAGAUAAAGUUACAGAUAUGGGACACAGCUGGUCAGGAACGUUUCAGAACAAUCACAACAGCCUACUACAGAGGAGCAAUGGGGAUCAUGCUUGUCUAUGACAUCACAAAUGAGAAAUCAUUUGACAAUAUCAAGAACUGGAUAAGGAACAUAGAGGAACAUGCGUCAUCUGAUGUCGAGAAGAUGGUUCUUGGCAAUAAAUGCGACAUCAAUGACAAGAGGCAGGUUUCCAAAGAUAAAGGAGAGAAGCUUGCACUAGAGUAUGGGAUCAAGUUCAUGGAGACCAGUGCAAAGGCCAACAUCAAUGUGGAAAAUGCAUUUUUGACUCUUGCCAGAGACAUCAAAUCAAAGAUGGACUCAAAAAUGGAAGGUAACGCCCCUCAGGGCAGCAAUCAUGGAGUCAAGAUCUCCGAGCCACAGAAAAAGACCAGUUUCUUCCGCUGCAGCUUGCUCUGAGAACCAAAGCCUUCCAUGCUGGCUACAGGCCGGCUGGACACAACUUGACUGUGCUCUCUCAGCACUUCCUCCUCUCUUUUUUUUCUUUUUUUUUUUUUUUUUUUUUUUUUGCUUAUUCUACCCAACCAUGGCCUCUCCCGGUUCUCCCGGUUUUGCAAAAACCACUAUUGUCAUAAAGUGGAGGACUUCCCCUCCACUCUUCCUUUUCUGAAGGCUUCCAGAGGUGCGUCACUUCCAUUAUUAGUGGAAAACUUGUCUUUACUUUUCAAGAAGUUUUAACUGACGAAGGACUCAUCACUGAUGUGUUUUCUGUUACAAAAUCGGGGGCUUCUUGUAUUUCUCUCAGUCAGUAGCACAGCCAGCGACAGAAGAUACUUGCCUCAUUAUAAUAUUUUUUAAUUGGAAAUCAAAUGUGGUAUUUUGGUCCACCUUUAAUGGCACCCUUUAGGUGUUUGUGUUACAUGUUGCCGAGCAGAGGCUGAUGGUUCUGAACUUCAGUGAAACACAGUUGCACUUUUUUCAUAUCAGCAGCUGAAGUCAUAUCAAGGCAUAUAAAGUCCAUUCGAAAUUAUUCAGAAAGUUUUGUUUUUAUCUGUUCUUAUUUGUUGUUCUCGACAAUCAUCCGAUGAGACUGAAAAUGUCUUGAUCACUGCCUCCAAACUAUUUUUGCAGUAGCAUUCGAGUGUAGGUAAAAUAUCAUCCUUUGUUUUCUCAGUCCUCCUGUCCAAGUUUAACUUAAAAAAAAUAAGAGGUGGCAUAUUUUUGUAAACGGGUCUUUAAAGUGGCAACUUGUAUUCCUAGUAGAGAUGGACUAUGAGGCUUUUCCUGUUAGAAAAAAAAAACUUUUCUUUAUGCUAAUUUCUUUCUAUGAAGGCAUAAAAAGGUCAAAUGGUUCCUUGAUAAAUAGUUGCUGUUUCAAUUCUAGCAGAAAAUGAAGGACUUAUGAGAUUAUCCCCAUCAAAGCAUAAGCCACAAACCGUCUGUUGAGUUUUGUUAAAUUGAAAAUGAAUUGUAUUGAAGCAUAUGCCAUACACUGAAAACAGUGAGAUUUCACAUUUCAAAUUGGCUUAUUCCAGGGCUUGUCAGAUUGCUUGUUGUGUUUAUAUAUCGUUAAAUGUUUGGAAAUAACCGAAGAGGUCAAGAGUAAUAAACUAUUAUAUGAUAAAUAAACAUUCGGUUUUUCAGAUUGGGUUGCGUUAUCAUCUGUGUUUGAAAGCCACACAGGCAUGUGGGCCGGAGGUUUACCCAAAACCAAGUGUUUUCAGAAACUCUUUAAGAUUAAGCCCUAAAGUGUUCUCAAUCACAACAGACUGAUUCUGAGGUCCAAAAUUUAGAAACCAGAUUUACUUCUUACCUCCACAAGUUAAAUCUGCCUAUAUUAAAAUGUGUCUCUAUAGUGGUAGCUGUAGCUGGUUGAAGGAUGGAUUGCUGUGCAUAUACAUGGAAAAAUUAAGUAUUUAAAUUUGUAGAAAUACCCUUAGUUUUUAAAAACAAAUAACAUAAAUAGAGUAUUUAUUCAUUAGGUUUUCUAUGAGAUGGAUAGAUAUUAACCCUUUAUUUACUUCCUGUUUGGAAUCAGAGGUUUAUGCUUCCUUUGUCCUCAGAUGUUAAAACUCAUAUUCUACAAAAAAUCUGGAGAUGUGUUGAACAUUUGCAUUAGUUUUUUAGCAAUUUUCCCAAAGUUUAUGAAACAGACGUAGAGCAUGAGACAUUCUCCACCGUGCUUAACAGUGGGCAUCAGGUGCUUUUCAAUGUAUUCCCUUUUCACCCAGGCAAAAGCGUUGUAUUAUAUUUUAGUAUUUUCCAGAUGUGGAUAAUAUAAGGGAAGCUUUAAUUCCUACCACAUGUUUUAAAACUGCUGUCUGUCCAGCUGGUUGCCCAUGCAAACACUUCUUCCAUAUAUGUAUGCAUGACUGCAGUAGCAAUGGCUGCUGCUAAUUCAUAGUGAACAGAAAUGGAGGCCUAAACUGACAAAUAAGUCUGGGAAAUUGGGGAUUUUUGGCAUGAAAAAUGUGUGGAAAGUCUAAUCAGUCCGAUUGAAACACAGUUCCAGCUAAAGUGUAGAGUUGAGCUGGGUGAUUAAUCUAUUUUUUUUUUACUUAAUUCAGUUCUUGGUUUUUGAAAAUGUGUAAUUUUUUUUGUUUCAUCACUCUAUGGUUCAGAGUGAUGUCACCAUGCCCAAGGCCGCCAUUUUGUUUGGCACGUGUUUUACAGCUACUGUUUGUUUUGACGUUGAAUUCAGGUCAACUCUACGUCAAAGUAUUAGGGCCAGGAAGAGAAUAAAACCGUAGUAUCACAAGAAUAAUAUAGUACGACAAUGUAGUCAGAAUGGUAUGAGAAUAAUAUUACCAGAAUAAAGUCGUAACAUUUGAUAGAAUUUUUUGAGACCUCUUACCCAAAAAUGAAUAGUUAAAAUGAGGAAUUUUGAUCAAACUGUAAAGUUUUUUUGUACCAGUUUUUCAAAUAAGGAUAUGCUAAAUCUGUUAGCAUUUUGAAAUAACUGUGCAAAGGAAUGUUCAUUUUGAAGAAAGAGCCACACAAACAGCUGAUCACGUCAAAUCUUGAUGACUAUAUUAAAUUCUGGUGAAAAAGUUUUAUUCUUCUAAUAUUACGACUAUAUUUUUGUAAUUAAGCUAAAAAAUUUCAUAGCCCUCCCAUAAUAUUAUGUUGUAUAACUCACAGAAGAGAUGACUGAAAUAAAAUCAGUUAUUUUUAAUGACUGAUUUUAUUUCAAAAGUCAGUAAAAAAUUAUAAAUACUUUUUAAAAUAUUUGUAAUUUAUUUUUUUUAAUCUUUUAUUAUUAUUAUUUUUUAGAAAAUACAGGAAGAAAGUUAAAUUAGAAAAUUGGAUCCGGCAUGAAAAAACAAACUUCAUAUCUUCCGGACUGAGACGCAGUUACCAUGUAGACGGUGAACAAAAUAUGCCGAUCUCUCACCGGAAAAAUCGUUUCUCGAUAACAUUCGAGCUCAAAUGACGCCUCUGGUCAUGAACUGCAGGUUCCCUUCGAGCCCUCCCAGCACUUUACCAUUACGUCGUGUUUUUCUCCGUGCCAAGCGAUGGCUUCGUUUUAUAACAACCAGAUGUUGAUCUGUCGAGUCUGUGAAACCAAAAUCCAACAGCACCAAGUGAUCCAGCAUCCUCCAACUGUAAUCUGUCACCUUGAAGCGUCUGCUUCCUUGUAAUUUCUGCAAACUGAUGUAAAUCCAGUAUGUAGGCAUAGAUUAGAAGAGUUUUAAGCUAAAGCCUGCCACUUUGUUCUUUAAAAGUUUGUGCUCUGCUGACGUCAAAGCAGGCUUGAAUUAAGCUCUUAUCAGGUGUUUUCCACAUUUAGUUUUGAUGCUUGAUAGCUAGGUGGCGCUGGAGAAUCAGUGAGCCUCUCUUAGCUAAACCACUUAAACACAAAUUUGAUUCAGUAUUUACAUAUAUUCAGAAGAAAAAAAAAAAGGCCAGAGUUAAUUGAAAUGCAUUUCUCCUGCUUACCUCAUGUUGGCAUUCUUAUGAUAGUCGUUUUUCUGGAAACUCCACAGCGUUCAGAAAGGUUUGGGUUUUUUAUGGUUUGGUUGUAGCUUCUUUUUCUGUUGUUUUUUCUUUAAGUAUCAAAGAAAGAUUUGGGACCUCGUGAUUACUAGGACCAUUUGUCUUAACCGUCAGAUCUCAUAGCUGAGCUAUGCAUUGUGAAUCUUGGACCUUUGUACAUCAUAAACCCUUACAGAUGAAUUUAUUUGCUUUGUUACAUUUAAUGUGUUUUUUUUGUCACUCACUGAGCCAGAAACAGGUCAGGCUUAUUUAAAAACUGCAUGUUAACCUAAACUUUAGCUGCAAUUAUUUUUGACAGAUUUAUUUUGUUGUUGUUUUUUUUUAUUACUUUUUCUUAAAAUCCCAUCAUAUGUUGUAAUAAAGCAAACACACAUUUUUAGCAGCCAUAUUUUCAUUCUGUCUGUUGGGAAAUUCACAGGGAAAAGUUUAGAGGGGUUGGGGGGGGAAAUAUAUAAAUAUCAUUGAACAUUGAAAAAUAAAUAUAUAAACUGUACUGUACUUUCUAAACCCAUAUGAAAUGUGUACUUUUGAUUUAAUAAAAAGGAUCUAAAAAUG